CCGCAACGUCAACACGAUAUCAGCAUCGUCGGCUUCUGGAACGGUUCGAUUGGUGUUCCGCCGCUCUCGGCACACGAGUCACGACCGAUAGAUCGGGGGACCCCUGCAGCCAAAGCGGGAGGCGCGUGCGCAACGUCGCGUCGGCCGUCUGGGGUGAACUUGAUCAACUCUUGCAAGUCAACACAGCGCACCUCCAUCCACCAACAGGCCGGCCAGCCUUUCUCCUUCACCUUGUCUACCUCAUAUCUCGUCCCUUUGCAGCCCACGCAAGCGACGAGACACAUGCCUUCUCCCCGACACGCAACCUGAACGACACCAUGGAGGGACCGCUGGCUCCAGGGGCGGCCAACGGCAGCAUCCGCACACCCAGCCCGACACCGCCAGCAAUAGAUGCCCAGAUCAUCGUCGACUAUCUAGAGAGGGUUCUCGAAGCCAGUCUCGACGCCUCGGGGCAGGACCUGCGCGCCCCUGGCAGUCUGCUCUCGCCCGCCAGGCUCCACGACACCCUGCAGCGGUGCACCCGGUUCGCGCUUGAAUCGCAGUCUGCAGCCCUUUACGUGGUGAAGGACAGAAUCGAUGAGACUCGCAUAGACGGGCUGGAUGGCGCGAAUGGCGUCUCACAGCAUUUUACAUAUACCCUCGCCUCCGAACUUACGGCCUCUCCUUCGUGCGCGGCGUAUAUUGUCAUUUCCAAGCGACCGAUACCCAUAGACCUUGCGAUACCCCUCAGCGCCCAAGUGCAGAUUGUUACUCUUCCUGGCUUUACACUUUCUAAUAACAAUGCAUCGCAAGAUGCAUCCCCCUACGAUAUCUUGGGCUCGAUACUACAGCACUCGGUUGAGCCGUACUUUGACAGCUGUACGAAGAGCCAGCGCAGCCUGACCGGCACGUACAGCAAGGGCACAAAUGACGCCAGGACGGGCAUCUCGGCGGCCAAGAAGAAGAUGACGGAGCUAGGACUAAGCCUGCAGCAUCUAAAGCAGAACGUCGAGAUCCCCGAGCUGCUCCUCCCGCUGCACCCUUUCAUCCAGAAUGCACUCGAGACGGCCGAAGAACGCAACGCCAAGCCCUCGCCCGAGCUGCUACCGGCUGCCAUCCUGACCGACAGCAGCUUCCUCAACGGCUUGCAGGCGACUGUCAACGGCUGGAUCAAGUCGAUACGGAAUAUCACGAAGACGACAAGAGAUCCGUCCACCGGGACGGCGACGCAGGAGAUCAACUUCUGGCUCUCAAUGGAGUCAAGGUUGGACGACAUUGAGGCGCAACUGAGCAGCCCUGGGGUGAAGCUGACGCUGGAUGUGCUCAAGAACGCAAAACGUUUCCAAGCGACUGUCAGCUUCAGCGCGGAUACUGGACUCAAGGAGACGUCAGACCUGGUGGCCAAGUACAACCAGUUGAUGCGGGAUUUCCCUAUCGACGAGCUGCUCUCUGCGACGUCGUUGCAGAAGGUGCAGGAAGCAGUCCAGCAGAUCUUCGUCCAUAUGAACAAGAAGCUCCGCAUCUGCCCGUAUCCCGUGCGACGAGCGCUUCCUCUCGUCGAAGCCAUAUCCGGCGACCUCGAUCUGCGGCUGCACGGGCUGCUGAUUGGCAAGACCCUGAUGUAUAUGGACUAUCCGGAGUUCCAGGCUGUCAUGGACGUUGCGGAGAGCAUCUGGCGCACCUGGGAAGAAAACGUCAAGGAGUUCACCAAUGUCGCGCGUGAGGUGACGAGGCGGAGGAACGAGAAAUUCAUUCCCAUCAAGAUUGCUGCUCGUCACCGGCAAACCGAAGAGCGUCUUCGAUACAUCACGACUUUCCGGAAGAACCACGAGCAGCUGCAGCGGACCAUCGUCAAUGUGCUUGGCUCUCAGUCAUCGCUUUCAACUCUUGCGGACGGCGCACAGGUCAAGGAGUCCGUCAUUGUUGAAGAGAUCGGCGAUGUCGACGCCGUAGAGGAAGUGAAACAAGCCUACGGUGUUCUGAAGGAUGUUGAUGUGCUCGACGUCUCGCUCGAGGGUACCCGACUUUUCGAGCAAGCAGAGCAAAAGUACAACGAACGGACCUCCCGCGUCGAGAACUCUAUCAUUGCGCGGCUGAGAGAUCGCCUUGGUACUGCCAAGACUGCCAACGAGAUGUUCCGCGUCUUCUCCAAGUUCAACCCCCUCUUCGUGCGACCCAAGAUCCGAGGAGCUAUCUCAGAAUACCAGACCCAGCUCAUCGAGAACGUCAAGCAGGACAUUUCGGCUCUCCAUGAGCGCUUCAAGCGACAGUAUGGUAACUCUGAAGCACAUGCUAUGGCGCAGCUUCGCGACUUCCCUCCAGUCUCCGGGGCAGUCAUCUGGGCUCGGCAGAUCGAAACCCAGCUGGAAAACUACAUGGGCAAGGUCGAGGAUAUCCUGGGUAAAGAUUGGGCGCUUCACACCGAAGGCCAGAAGCUGCAGGCUGAGAGCAGCAUGUUCAAGAAGAAGCUCGAUACCCGACCCAUCUUCGAGUCAUGGCUUCAAGAAGUCGCGCGUCGGAAGUUGUCCAUAUCCGGUCGACUAUUUCUGAUAGCCAAAAAUCGUGCUGCUGGUAACAUCCUAGAGCUGCACGUCAACUUCGAUGCUCAAGUCAUUGCCCUCUUCAAGGAAGUGCGAAAUUUGACAUGGCGUGGCUACCAAGUUCCUCACGGCAUCAACAAUAUCUCGAAAGAGGCGAAGCGAGUUUACCCAUACGCCGUCAGCCUCAUGGAGAGCGUGCGAACCUAUACCCAGACGGUGCGCUCCAUUGCUGAGAUGGCUGGUGUCGCUCUGCUGCUGAAUGGCUACCUCAACGACGUGCAAGGACUCGUCGGUAAGGGGGUGCCACUCAAGUGGGAAUCUUUCGUCCAUGCCUACGAUCUCCACAUCCGACAAUCCGCAUUCCCCACGGGAGCACCUGGGACCGUUCGGAGCGAGAGCAAGCACGUGCAGUUCGUCCGAGAAUUCGCGGCGGCAACUUCGCUUUUACAGGCAAAGGUCUCCACGCUGGUCAACAUUAACAUGAGCGUCGAAAAGGCCUUGAAGGAUCUCGAGACAUGUCCCUACAGCACAGAAGCCUUCCGCCAGCAUCUCGAAAUCAUCCAACGUUCCGUCGACCAGCUGAACCUCGAGAACUACUCAAACCUUGCAUCUUGGGUGUCGGACAUGAAUGCGCGCAUCGAGACCAUCUUGCUCAUACGACUGAAUCGAGCCAUUGCUCAGUGGAUAGACGUCUUCACUAAUGCAGACGAAGAAGACGAAGAGCGACGACCAUCCAGCCAACCGGGUCUGGUCCAUUCGGCUGAAGAGAAGCCUACCCUCUCAAGACUGACCCUAGAGAUAUCCAUGCGCAACCAGGUCAUCUACCUCAAUCCACCCGUCGAAUACGCCCGCGCGAGCUGGUUGGAACAGCUUCAGCAGUGGCUCGCGGUCAUCUGCACCCUCCAGAAGGUCAAGGCAUCGCGAUACGAGAUGCGAUUAGAGGCAGCGGAUGAUGCUUCCGCUAGCCAGUUUGCCGAUCUCCCUAGUCGAUGCACGGAUGCGCUCAUGCAAGUGUACGGUGCGGUUGAGGGGAAGCUUCGCGAAAUAUCGUCGUACGUGGAUGAAUGGCUGCAGUUCCAGUCUCUCUGGGAUCUACAAUCCGAGCAUGUGUACGAUAUUCUCGGCGAGGACCUGUCCCGAUGGCUUCAGCUACUUCAGGAAAUUCGGAAGACGCGCGCUACAUUUGACAACUCUGACAUCAACCGCCGCUUCGGUUAUGUUACGGUCGACUAUGAGCAGGUUCAGGUCAAGGUCAAUGCGAAGUACGACCAAUGGCAGCAAGAGAUUCUUGGCAAGUUCGCUGGGCGCCUUGGUCAACGCAUGACAGAUGUCUACGCCCAGAUUGAGAAAGCGCGCAAGGAUCUGGAAGUGCAGACUCUGGAAGCUUCCUCUACCGCACAAGCCGUUUCUUUCAUUACAGUUGUGCAGCAAUGCAAGAGGAAGGUCCAGGAAUGGGAGCCUGAGAUUGACAUAUUCCGGCAAGGACAGUCCACCCUGAUUCGACAACGCUACCAUUUCCCAUCUGAUUGGUUGCAUAUGGAACAGAUUGAUCAUGAGUGGCAGACACUCAACGACGUUUUGGAGCGUAAGAGCAAGAUAGCCAACGACCAAGCUGACGGUCUCCGAGCCAAGAUCAUCGCCGAAGACAAGGUAGUCAACCAGAAGAUCGCUGACAUCACGGCGGAAUGGUCUGAGGAGAAACCGGUAGCUGGUAACAUCCGUCCGGCCGACGCAUCGAACAUUCUGGCCAAGUUCGAUCAGAAACUGAACCAGCUGCGAACAGAGUCGGAGAAUAUCUCUAAGGCGAAAGAAGCGCUUGAUCUUGCACUAUCAGCGGACAAUGUCCUCACAGCCGUACUUGAGGAAGUGCAGGAUUUCAAGUCUGUGUGGGCAUCCCUGGCUACUAUAUGGAACAGCGUCGAUGACCUCCGAGAGACCCUCUGGAACAGCAUCCAGCCCCGUAAGCUCCGCCAAAAUAUCGACAAUCUCCUGAAGAUGACCAAGGAUAUGCCGAGCCGUAUGCGGCAAUAUCAGGCUUUCGAAUAUGUCCAGAACACUCUGAAGCAGCUGCUUAAGGAGAACGCCAUUCUCGGCGAGCUGCGGUCGGAUGCGGUUCGGGAGCGACACUGGACCAGGAUCUUCAAGCAGCUGAAGCCCCAUAAGCGCUACUCGCCCAUUUCCAUGACGCUCGGCGAUGUCUGGGAUCUCAAGCUGGGCCCAAGCGAGAAGAUCAUUCGGGAUGUCAUCACCCAGGCGCAAGGCGAAAUGGCACUGGAAGAAUUCUUAAAGCAAGUCCGCGAGACCUGGCAGAAUUAUGCCCUGGAGCUUGUCAACUAUCAGAGCAAAUGUCGCCUUAUCCGCGGUUGGGACGACCUGUUCGCCAAAUGCAGCGAGAACCUGAACUCGCUGCAAGCUAUGCGUCACUCUCCAUACUACAAAGAGUUCGAAGAAGAUGCGUCGGCGUGGGAGGAUAAGCUCAACCGCGUUCACGUCUUGUUCGACGUCUGGAUUGAUGUACAGCGUCAGUGGGUGUACUUGGAGGGCGUCUUCACCGGAAAUGCCGAUAUCAAGCAUUUGCUACCCAUGGAGUCGUCCCGCUUCCAGAACAUCAACUCCGAGUUCUUGUCCGUCAUGAAGAAGGUUUCCCGACAACCCUUCGUCCUGGAAGUCCUCAACAUCUCGGGCGUGCAGAAGUCGCUCGAGCGGCUUGCCGAGCUCCUGAACAAGAUCCAGAAGGCUCUUGGGGAGUAUCUCGAGCGCGAGCGGGUGUCGUUUCCCCGAUUCUACUUUGUUGGUGAUGAAGAUCUCUUGGAAAUUAUCGGCAAUAGCAACGACACGCUCCGCAUUGCUAAACAUCUGAAAAAGAUGUUUGCUGGCAUUUCUGGCCUUGUUACGGACGAAGACGGCAUCAUUAAGGGCUUCACCUCGAAAGAGGGCGAAGAGGUCAUGCUACGAAAAGACAUUUCGCUGAUCAAGACGCCACGCAUCAAUGAAUGGCUUGGAGCCCUCGAACUCAACAUGAAGACGACGCUUGCAGAGCUGACUUUCGAGGCGUACCAGGAAUUCGAACAGCUCAUAGCAUCCGAAACAAUGGACCCAGACGCGUUCGAUGCUUACAUCGCGAAGUACCCGGCUCAGGUGGUUGUUCUCGGGACUCAAAUCGCCUGGACGCAUGCUGUGGAGAAGUCCCUAGCUGAGGAAGGGGUGUCCCUGCCGCAGCUGUACGAGAAGCAAGUAAGCAUUCUGAAGCUGCUUGCUACUGCUGUCCUCGGUGAUCUGGAACCAAUCCAUCGGAGGAAGUGCGAGCACCUAAUCACUGAAUUCGUCCACCAGCGGGACGUCAUCCAUAAGCUACGGAAGGUCGGUGCACGUUCGCCCACUCACCAUAUGUGGCUGCUCUCUAUGCGCUACGUUUACGAGCCGGGAAAUGACUUGCUGCAACGCCUCAAGAUCAAAAUGGCAAAUGCAGCCCUCGACUACGGAUAUGAAUACCUAGGUGUCGCUGAACGUCUUGUCCGGACCCCUCUUACGGAUCGUUGUUUCCUGACUCUCACCCAAGCUUUGUGCCAGCGACUUGGUGGCUCGCCCUAUGGACCCGCCGGUACUGGAAAGACAGAAUCAGUCAAAGCUCUGGGUGUGCAGCUCGGGCGAUUCACUCUCGUCUUCUGCUGCGAUGACACAUUCGACUUCCAAGCCAUGGGGCGCAUUUUUCUCGGUAUCUGCCAGGUCGGUGCUUGGGGUUGUUUUGACGAGUUCAAUCGUCUUGAAGAGCGCAUCCUUUCCGCUGUGUCUCAGCAAGUCCAGAACAUUCAGCUCGGUCUGCGAAAGGGUGCUGAGGAUGAGAAAGCGCAGAUUGAGCUGAUCGGCCGCCAGCUCAGCGUCAAUGGCAACACUGGUAUCUUCAUCACUAUGAACCCAGGCUACGCAGGUCGCUCGAACUUGCCCGACAACUUGAAGAAGCUCUUCCGGAGCGUUGCCAUGUCCAAGCCGGAUAAGGAACUUAUUGCUGAAGUCAUGCUCUACUCCCAGGGUUUCUCACAAGCCAAAGAGCUGUCCAAGCAAGUCGUCCCCUUCUUCGACACAUGCGCAGCCAAGCUUUCGAAGCAGUCCCAUUACGACUUCGGACUCCGUGCCCUGAAGAGUGUUCUCGUCAGCUCUGGUGGGCUCAAGCGCGCCCGCAUUGCUUCGCAAGGAUCGCAGUCGCCUGACGAGGCAGUCAUGGAACCGCAGAUCAUCGUUCAAAGUCUGCGAGAAACUAUGGCGCCGAAGCUUAUUCGAUCCGAUGUUGAAAUUAUGAAAGCUAUCGAGGAGGACUCUUUCCCUGGGGUUGACUAUAUUCCCGCGCCGCUCGAAAAGCUCCAAGAGGCUAUCCGCAAAUCCGCAGCCGAUUCUAAGUUUGUUGUCAGCGACGUUUGGAUGUCGAAGAUCCUCCAGCUUUACCAAAUUCAGAACUUGCACCAUGGUGUCAUGAUGGUGGGUGCGUCCGGGUCUGGCAAAUCGGCAGCAUGGAAGACCUUGCUCGCAGCCCUUCAGGCCGUCGAAGGCGUAGAAGGUGUCUGCCACGUUAUCGAUCCCAAGGUUAUGUCCAAGGAGAUGCUUUACGGAACCCUGGACAGCACGACUCGCGAAUGGACGGACGGACUCUUUACCAGCAUCCUCCGCAAGAUCGUCGACAACCUCCGUGGUGAGGACACCAAGCGCCACUGGAUUGUCUUCGAUGGUGAUGUCGACCCGGAGUGGGUAGAAAACUUGAACUCUGUCCUUGACGACAACAAACUCCUCACUUUGCCAAAUGGCGAGCGUCUUAACCUGCCUCCGAAUGUCCGCAUCAUGUUCGAAGUCGAGACGCUCAAGUACGCCACGCUUGCCACUGUCUCCCGUUGCGGUAUGGUCUGGUUCAGCGACGACAUUGUUGAGAUCGAUAUGAUGAUUCAGAACUACAUUGAGAACCUAAAGACCACGCCGUUCGAAGAUAUUGAGGAUGAUUCGGUGGCACCAGGCCAAAUGUCCCAGAAGACUCUUGCCACUCAAACCAUCAUUGCCGACUUCCUGCAAAUCAAGCUGACACAGGAUCGCUUCAUCGAGAAGGCGCUCAGCAUGGCUAGAAAGUUCAACCACAUCAUGGAGUACACCGACAUCCGCGCCCUGAACACGCUCUUCUCGCUCCUCAAUAAGGCGUGCCGCAAUGUACUGGAGUAUAAUGUUCAGCAUCAGGACUUCCCGCUGGAGGACGAAAAGAUGGAAGUUUACAUGUCGAAGAAGCUGCUCCUCGCCAUUGUCUGGGCUCUUGUCGGCGACUGUCCCUUGUCGGAACGCAAGCAGUUCGGCGACCUCGUUGCCGGCCUCACAGACGUCGAGCUACCCGCGCUGAAUGAGUCCACGUCUCUCAUUGACUACGACGUGAAGCCUGACAAUUCGGAUUGGGACAUGUGGCAAAACCAGGUCCCGAACGUCGAAGUCAAUACUCACUCGAUUAUUCAGACCGAUGUGGUCAUCCCGACGCUCGACACUGUUCGCCAUGAAGACGUUCUCUAUUCCUGGCUCGCCGAACACAAACCUCUCCUGCUUUGUGGUCCUCCAGGUUCCGGUAAAACCAUGACUCUAUUCAGCGCGCUCCGCAAGCUGCCCAAUAUGCAGGUUGUGGGUCUCAACUUCUCCAGCGCCACGACCCCGGACUUGCUCAUCAAGACAUUCGAGCAAUAUUGCGAAUACAAAAAGACCCUCAACGGAGUGCAGCUCACACCUACCCAGGUCGGUAGGUGGCUUAUCAUCUUCUGCGACGAGAUUAACCUGCCGGCUCCCGACAAGUAUGGUACUCAGCGAGCCAUCUCGUUCCUGAGGCAGCUCGUCGAACAGAAUGGCUUCUGGAGGACAUCCGACAAGACUUGGGUUACCUUGGACCGCAUCCAGUUCGUCGGCGCCUGCAACCCGCCAACGGACGCCGGCCGUACCCCCAUGGGUCUCCGGUUCCUGCGUCACGCUCCUUUGAUCAUGGUCGACUACCCUGGGGAGCAGUCACUCCUUCAGAUCUACGGCACCUUUAACAAUGCUGUACUGAAGAUAAUUCCCACUCUGCGAGGUUAUGCAGACGCCUUGACGAGGGCAAUGGUGCAACUCUACGCAGAAUCACAGAGGAGGUUCACACCGGAUAUCCAGCCGCACUACGUUUACUCCCCUCGUGAGCUAACACGUUGGGUUCGAGGCGUAUACGAAGCCCUGCGCCCACUUGAGACCCUGCCUGUGGAAGGUCUUGUCAGGAUCUGGGCCCAUGAAGCUCUUCGGCUGUUCCAAGAUCGUCUCAUUGCUGAGGAGGAGAGGAAAUGGACUGAGGAGUGUGUGCAUCGCGUGGCUAGGGAGUACUUCCCAACUAUCGACGAAGAGAAGGCCCUCGGCGGUCCUAUCCUGUUCUCAAACUGGCUGUCGAAGAAUUACGUGCCGGUUGAACGCGAGCAGCUUCGAGAUUUCGUGAAGGCACGCCUGAAGACAUUCUGCGAAGAGGAGGUGGAUGUCCCCUUGAUCCUCUUCAACGACGUGCUCGAGCAUGUACUCCGUAUCGACCGAGUAUUCCGCCAACCACAGGGACAUCUCAUCUUGAUCGGCGUCAGCGGCUCCGGAAAGACCACAUUAUCACGCUUCGUGGCCUGGAUGAACGGCCUAAAAGUGUAUCAGAUCAAGGUACAUGGCAAGUACUCUGGUGAGGACUUUGACGAGGAUCUCCGGAAUGUCCUCCGACGAUGUGGUUGCAAAGGCGAAAAGAUCUGCUUCAUCAUGGACGAAGCCAACGUUCUCGACUCUGGCUUCCUCGAGCGCAUGAACACCCUCCUGGCGAACGCCGAAGUGCCCGGUCUCUUCGAAGGCGACGAAUACGCGUCGUUGAUGACUCAGAUCAAGGAAGGCGCGCAGCGACAAGGCACCAUUCUUGACUCGCAGGAGGAACUGUACAAAUGGUUUACCGAGCAGAUCGUCAAGAAUCUCCACGUCGUCUUCACGAUGAACCCGCCUGAAGAGGGCCUUUCGUCCAAAGCCGCCACUAGUCCUGCCUUAUUCAAUCGUUGCGUUCUCAACUGGUUCGGUGACUGGUCUGACCAGGCACUGUACCAGGUCGGCACAGAGCUUACUCUAUCUGUUGAUCUGGAUCGACCCAACUAUAACGCGCCAGACAGUAUUCCCGUCGCCUACCGUGGGCUCAACCUACCACCUUCCCAUCGCGAGAGCGUCGUUAAUGCGAUGGUCUACAUACAUCACUCUUUGCAUGGCUUCAAUAACAGACUGCAGAAGCAGCAGAACAGGAAGACAUACCUCACGCCUCGCCAUUUCCUGGACUUUGUCGCGCAGUACGUCAAGCUCUAUGACGAGAAGCGUGAGGAUCUGGAGGAACAGCAGCGCCAUCUCAACGUGGGUCUGGAGAAGCUUCGCGAAACAGUGGACAAGGUGGAGGAGCUACGGGUGAGUUUAGCCGAGAAGAAAACGCAGUUGGAAAAGAAGGAUGCAGAGGCGAAUGAGAAACUGCGACGGAUGAUUGCGGAUCAACAAGAAGCCGAGCAAAAGAAGGCAGGCUCCAUACAGAUCCAAGCCAAGCUUGCCGAGGAUGAUGAAGAGAUCAAACGGCGCCAGCAGGUGGUGAUGAACGACUUGGCAGCUGCCGAACCCGCUGUCUUGGAAGCCCAGAAGAGCGUUCAGAACAUUAAGCGACAACAUCUCACCGAAGUCCGAUCCAUGGGUAACCCGCCUAAUGGUGUCAAAUUGGCGCUGGAGGCCGUCUGUACGCUGCUUGGUCACAAAGUUGACAGCUGGAGGACCAUUGUGUCUAUCGUCAGGCGUGAUGACUUCAUCGCUAGUAUCGUUCAAUUUGACAACGAGAGGCAGAUGACGGCUGCGCACCGUAAGAAGAUGCAAUCCGAAUACCUUUCCAAGGACGAUUUCACGUUCGAGAAGGUCAACCGUGCUUCCAAGGCUUGCGGUCCGCUCGUACAAUGGGUGGUUGCACAAGUGCACUACUCUGACAUAUUGGAUCGUGUCGGGCCUCUGCGUCAAGAGGUUGAGAAGCUGGAAGCUGAUGCACAGGCUACCAAGGACCAGGCCAAGGAGACGGAGAUCCUGAUCAAGAACCUCGAAGACAGCAUUGCUCGGUACAAGACGGAGUACGCGGCCUUGAUCAGCGAGACCCAGGCCAUCAAAGCGGAGAUGUCAACCGUCGAGUUCAAGGUUGACCGAAGUCUGAAGCUCCUUGCCAGCCUUUCUUCAGAGCGCACGCGAUGGGAAGAGAGUAGCAAGUCGUUCGACUCUCAAAUUGAUACCAUUGUCGGAGAUGUCCUCGUCGCAGCCGCCUUCAUUGCUUACGGAGGUUACUACGACCAGCAAUACAGGAAGAGCAUGACGGAGGACUGGUUGCACCAUCUCUCGCUCUCCGGUAUCACCUACAAGACUCCAAAUCCAGUCACCGAAUAUCUCUCCAGCGCAGACGACAGAUUGACGUGGCAGCACAAUGGCCUCCCCGUCGACGACCUUUGCACCGAGAACGCUAUUAUCCUCGAGCGCUUCAACCGAUACCCAUUGAUCAUCGACCCAUCCGGCAGGACUUCUGAGUUCCUGCAGAACGAAUGUAAGGAUCGCCGGCUCACGGUCACUAGCUUCUUGGACGAUUCCUUCACCAAGCAGUUAGAGAGCUCAUUGCGUUUCGGCAACCCGAUAUUGAUCCAAGACGCGGAACAUCUGGACCCCAUUCUCAAUCAUGUGCUUAACAAGGAGUACCAGAAGACGGGCGGUCGUGUGCUCAUUCAGCUCGGCAAGCAAGAGAUUGACUUCUCGCCCUCCUUCAAACUGUUCCUUUCCACGCGCGAUCCUUCGGCCAACUUUGCUCCAGAUAUCUGCAGCCGCAGCACUUUCGUCAAUUUCACGGUUACACAAAGCAGCUUGCAGACGCAGACUCUCAACGAAGUGCUCAAGUCUGAGCGCCCAGAUGUGGAUGAGCGGCGGUCGAACCUCAUCAAGAUGCAAGGAGAGUUCAGCGUCCAUCUUCGCAAAUUGGAGAAGCGCCUUCUUCAAGCUCUCAACGAGUCUCGCGGCAACAUUCUUGAUGACGAUCGCGUCAUUGAGACCCUGGAGACGCUGAAGAAGGAAGCUGCUGAGAUCUCAGCCAAGGCGUCCGAAACCGCCGGCGUGAUGACAGAAGUCGACAAUAUUACAAAGGAGUACACUGUCGUUGCUCGCUCUUGCUCGGCCAUUUUUGCGGUCCUAGAGCAGUUACACCACCUCAAUCACUUCUACCAGUUCUCGCUCCAGUAUUUCACGCAAAUCUUCGAGACGGUGCUCCGCAAGGUCAGGAACUCUGGCAUUUCCGGCCAUGCAGCUCGAAUCGAUCAAAUCAUCACGGAGCUAUUCGUCGAUACCUACCGUCGUACUUCGCUGUCCCUGCUCCAAAAGGAUCGCGUCACGUUUGCAAUGCUCCUAGUGCAAGCCGCACCUUACAAGAUGGACAAAACGCUCAUUGACAUCAUCCUCGACAGUGAUUUGGAGGGCGUAGAUGUGUCUACCCAAACCGAGCGGAAAAGCGAAGCAAUGUCUCGGGCUUCCAAAGUCCCAAUUCUCAAGGCCGAGGUUGACAAAAUCGGCUCAAGCGUUUGGGAGACUUUCCUCACUGAAGAGCUCGGGGAGCGACAUGUGCCUCAGGCAUGGCCAGAGGAUCUCAACAAGUUCGACCAGCACCUUCGCUCAUUGAUUCUGGUCAAACUUUUCCGCGUCGAUCGCUUUGUGCCUGCUGUCGAACGCUUCGUCACCGGGGUGUUCGGAAAGGGUCUGCUCGACGCUAGCGGUGACUUGGGCGAGAUUGUGCAGCAAGUCAACGCGACCACGCCCGUCGCUCUCAGCUCCAGUCCCGGUUUCGAUGCCAGCUACAAGGUCGACAACCUGGUUGAGAGGGAGCGCGUCACCUGCUCCAACAUCGCCAUGGGUUCGAACGAAGGCGCCGCAACCGCCGACAAAGCCAUCAGCAAUGCCGCCACGACCGGCAACUGGGUCCUAAUCAAGAACGUUCAUUUGGCUCCGCAGUGGCUUCAGUCACUCGAGAAGCGGCUCGAAGCGCUCAAACCCAAUCCUGACUUUCGCCUCUUCUUGUCCAUGGAGUCGAGCCCGAAGAUCCCGGUCAACCUUCUCCGCGCGUCUCGCGUGUUGUCUUAUGAGCAGCCAGCCGGUAUCCGUGCCAACAUGAAGGACUCGUUGUCGUCCUUGACUGAGAAGGCCAACAAGCAGCCGGUUGAAAAGGCUCGUGUGUAUCUGUUGCUGUCCUUCCUCCACGCAGUCGUGCAGGAACGUCUGCGAUAUGCGCCCAGCUUGGGAUGGAAGGGGUUCUGGGAGUUCAACGACAGCGAUUAUGAAUGCUGCAGUUUCAUAAUCGAUACGUGGAUUGACUACGUUGCCCAAGGCCGCUCCAACAUCGCUCCUACCAAGAUCCCAUGGGAUAUGAUCCGCACUCUCAUCACCGAAAUGUACGGCGGCAAGAUUGACAACGACGCUGACUUCCGCACGCUCGCUUCUAUCGUCGAUAGCUGCAUGACGCCGAUCGCUUUCGAGGACAACUUUAAGAUUGUCAAGGACACAGAACAGGGCGAGGGGCUGGAGCUGCCGAGCAGCACCGGGUGGAAGGACUUCAUGAAGUGGGUCAAUGACCUACCUGAGCGCGAACCGCCUACCUACCUAGGUCUGCCGGCGAACGCAGAGAAGUUGCUGCUCGUAGGCCAGGCUAACGAAAUGGUCGGCAACCUCAAGAGGGUGGUGGAUAUGCUGGAUGAGGGCGAGCAGAUCAUGGCGGAGGCCUAAACGCCUCAACUUUGGGCUACGGCUCACAUCAUUCAUGUAUUGGCUCUACAUGAGCUUUUCUUUUGUUCUCAAGUGCUCUCUUCUAGCCUCUACAAGGCACAUAUCGGGUGGUUUGGCGCAGCUUUAGUGUGGGACAUGGCUUUCGGCGCAGGCGCGACACAGUCUGCCAUCUGCUGCAUGGGAUACGGAGUCGGUUCAAUCUCUUAGUGUGGGGUUGCAUUUUGCUACACGCAGAUAUACCCAUCUCAUUUGUUUUCGCUUUAGCGCUUUAGAAUGGCUAAGCACGCUUUCCUUCUUCCAGGAUGUAUAUAUUUAAUACGAUUUCAUCUUACC